UAUGGGGCGCUGCGUUCGACGAAUUUUCGUUACGCAUGCGCACAAUUUAACCGUUUUCUAAACUACGCCGAUCACGCAUAUUUGCGCCUAAAAGCAAGCUGUUCCCGGUUCGACGUGAUAUUUUUGUGUUUUAAUUAUUUAUCAAAGUGCGUCGGAUUGGGUUGCGAUUUGUUAUUUUAAUAGUAUUUAGUUGUCCAAAUAACAAUCAGAAGUCAGCGAUUGAUUGGGAAUUGGGAGGAUUCGCAGCGAUGUUGUCAUCAUUGGGUUCUGACGACAGCUCUAAUCAGUUCGAAGAGGUGGAAUCAUGUUCUGAGUUAAGCGACGUAGAUUUAGAGCGACCAUCAACGAGUAAAAAAAAAACAUUACACUCCGUCAUGCCGCUGAGUGUUGGGGUUGAGUUUGCUUCCUACGCUGAACUUGAACAAUCGGUUUUGGCUUACGAAAAGAAAAAUUUUUGUAUUUUCUACAAACGUGACUGUUCAACUAUCGAUCAGUGCAGAAAGAGAGGUAUUUCAAGACUGCUCAAUGCUGAUUUGAAAUACUAUCGGUUAAGAUAUAGUUGUAUACACGGAGGAAAAAAUUUUAAAUCGUUGACGAGAGGCAUCCGGAAAUCUUCGACAUUUCAAAAACAAUGCCCGGCUAUGAUGUUCUUCAUUUGCAGCAGUGAUGGGAAGAAACUAGUUCUGCGAAAAAUGGUUGAUAAGCAUAAUCACAUCUGUUCAAAGGAGCUGAAUGUCAUGUACUCGAAGAAAAUCGAGAAAUGAAGGGUCUUUUUUUUGCAACAACUGAAAUGAAACAAUCGAUGUUGGCAUACCCUGAAUUUGUGGGUAUUGACGGAACAUUUAAGCUGCUUGAUAUACGAGCUCCGGUUUAUCUGAUGGUUGUAGAGGAUUCAGAAGGAAAUACCGAGAUUGUUGCUGUAUGCAUUCUUAUGAAUGAAGACGCAGAAAGUAUGAUUUGGUUUCUUCGAACUUUUAAAGAAGUUCAUCCAUCGUGGUCAAGUACUAAAUGUAUCAUGGCGGAUAAAGAUUUACUCGAGAGAAGAAUUAUCAAAGAAGAAUUUCCUUCUGCCAACGUUUUGAUUUGUAUUUUCCACGCUCAAAGGACGUUCAAUAGGGAAGUUAGUUGUGAGAAGUUGCCCAUUACACCCGAACAACGGGAUACGGCAAAAGAUCUCUUUCGGAAAAUGCUUUAUUCUUCAACUGAAACGGAAUACAUGCGUUACUAUGAAGAAAGCAAGAAGUUGCCAUCAGCAAUUUUAAACUAUUUUAACAAAAAUUGGCACGAUAUUCGAAACGAAUGGACCUUGAGCAUUAAUUUCAUGCAGAGCACAUUUUUGAACACAACGAAUAAUAGAAUCGAAUCGUUGAACGCAAAGAUUAAAAGUGUGGUUAAAUUGUACAGCACUUUGGAAGAAUUUAUCGGAAGCUUCUUCGCUUUAGUCGCUUGUUUAAAUUCUGAACGCGAUUUCAAGGCCGCAUAUACUUACCAAAAGUCGUUGGUUAUACCGUAUGAAAAGAAUUCCGCAGAAUGGUCUUACUGUCAGUAUCUUACACGAUAUGCAUUCGAUUUCGUCAGUGCGGAAUUGAAAUGUUAUAGACGCGGAAAGCUUACUUAUACCGAACGGGAUGAUGACCAUUUCGAAUUUCGAUUGGCAGGUUCAACGAUUAUUGCGUCUGAAAAGUCAUGCGAAUGUCCUUCAUUUAUGUCAAUGGCGUUGCCGUGCCGGUUACUAUCAAUCCAUUAUCGAUCUCUGCAUUAUGUUCAAUUAUUACUGAAAGUGUUCUUCAUUUUUCUGUUUUUUUCUUCUAGCCAUGUGUUCGUUGUUAAAAAUCUGUCAGGUUGCGAUCUUUACGAUCCCAGUAUUUGCAGUCGUCGAUGGACUCGGGAAUACUUUUGCAAUACACAGCGAGUUUUCAGCGAUGAAACAAUAGACGAUGAAAA